UCGUGCGAAGCGACAUCUUCACGGAGUGAAUGAGGAGUAGCCCAGUAGUAGCAAAGCAGCUUGGGUUUUUUGGUAUACCAGUCCCCAUGGUGUUACCAGAUAUUUAUGCAUAUCUCAAAUGCACCUGAGAUCUCUCUUUUUGGACGUUCCAGGGGAGGGUCGUUCAGUGUAACCAGGAGCGUAGGACAUGAGCCUGGAGAUAGACGAGCGCUGCGAUUCUUUUGCUCAAGCAACUUGGGUGCAGUUUUUGUGCAACCAGCGCCGAGGCGAGCUGCCCUGAGACUUUUGAGCACGGCCAUGAAGCUUCUUUGCUCCUUCAUCGCUUUUGCAGUAGCAGCCGCUGAGCCUACCCUGGAAGCUCUGGAGGUAGAUGACGCAUGCGCAGCCAAUGGUGAUUGCAGCCUCGAAUUGAACCAGCUCCGUGGAAUGAAAGUGAACUAUCACGAUGUUUUGAUGGCUGAGGAGGAGGAGGAUGACGAAGUGAUGGAUGAGGAGGGUGGAGUUGGCGGAGCAUGCACCAACCCAAAGGAUAUGGGAAUUUGGAAAGGCGGAGGAAGAAUGAGCUUCGAUGGUGCUUUGAACCAGUGCGGUCGCUCUUGCGCUGCCGGUUUCCCUUGCACUCAGGGCUGCAUGCAACAGAAGGGAUACUCACAGGGAUGCGCUGCUUGCAUGGCUCAUUUGGUGGAAUGCUCCCGUGACAAGUGCAUGAACCAGUGCAUCAGCAAUGACAAGAGCGCUGCCUGCACUGGCUGCGUGAAGAAAGGCUGCCGUCCCAGUAUGAAGAAGUGCAGUGGCCUGAACGCCGGGGGCAAAUAGGCAGAAUUGCGAGCGCAACAUCAUCGUUCAUGGCCCAAUGUGGUCCUGAGCCAGACUUUCAAGAGAUUUCAAAAGCAUAUCAGGAGUUUUGUGGAUGUGCACGUAUACCUUGUAUACAGAAUUUCCCAGCAUGUCCAGAUCUGUCUGCUUACUAUAUAAUUUGAUGAGCAAAAA